CUCUGUGCGAGCUCACCGAACCGGUUCUCUUCUCUCCUUGCUCCUCCCUCUGCAAGGGGUACCAUCUGUGGGAGUUAUUGGUGUCGCAGUAGGGGCGCUGGUUCACGAAGCGACCGCCUUUUUCGCCCAACGAACCGUGUAGAGGAUCCGCAGCGCUUCCCAUAUACGCCGCGCUUGCUCUCUCCGACACUGUGACAGACGUCCUCGAGACGCUUGACAACGAUGUCGAUAACUGCUAAUGCUGCUUCGGCGGCCGCAUCUGGAGAAGCAGCCGCUUCUAAGCUGCAAUCGAACCCCAGCAAGAUGCAGUCCGUCGCGCCUGAGCCGGCCCCGUGUCCGCCUGCGACUCUUCCUCCCCUUGCGCCUGGAGAUGCAGCUCCAGAUGCUGCAGCCAACAUGGUCCUUGAACUUGCUGACGGCACAGCGUACAGGGGCAUUAGUUUUGGUGCAGCGGGCAAAAGCAUCAGCGGAGAAUGUGUCUUUCAGACGGGAAUGGUUGGUUAUGUCGAAUCUCUUACUGACCCGUCGUAUGAGGGUCAGAUUCUCGUCUUGACCUUUCCUCUGGUCGGCAACUAUGGCGUGCCUUCUCGGGAAGAGUCGCACGCGACGAUCCAAAACCUGCUCGCUUCUCCGUUCGAGUCAUCGCGUAUCCACAUUGCAGGCCUGGUCAUCGCCUACUACUCCCACGACUUUAGCCACUGGCUGGCCAAGAGCUCUCUGGCAGACUGGCUGAAGGAGAACGGCGUGCCGGCCAUCUACGGCGUGGACACCAGGGCGCUGACAAAGAGGAUUCGCAGCCGAGGCAGCAUGCUCGCCAAGCUGCUUGCGAUGAGAUCGGAUAGCCUGACGACUGCAGGUGUUCCUGCCGGCCUCAGCAAUGGCUCUGCGGCUGUUGUGUCCAGUGCUUUGAGCCGCCCGCCUACACCCCCAACCCUUGGUCUCUCGGGCACACCUAGCGGCCUUGCCGGCGAUGCAGAUGCUGCCUGGCGCCUUGCAUACCAAGAUAUCGCCUUUGCCGAUCCCAACAAGGAGAACCUUGUCGCGCGCGUGUCGACGCGUCAGCCGGUACUUUACACUCCUCGGAACACUUCGCCAGGAGGCUCGCUCGGCCAGGCAAAGGAGGCCCUGCUGCACCCCAGCGGCAGGCCCAUUCGUAUCUUAGCCCUCGACGUUGGUAUGAAGUACAACCAGAUCCGUUGCUUCACAAGCCGCGGUGUCGAGCUCAAGGUCGUCCCCUGGAACUACGACUUUCUUUCCAUUAGCGAGGAGCCAUUUGAUGGCCUGUUCAUCUCCAACGGUCCUGGUGAUCCUACGAGCUGUGCGCCGACGAUCGCGAACAUUCAAAAAUUGAUCGCACGCAAGGACUCGGUCAAGGACACUGUGCCGAUCUUUGGUAUCUGCUUGGGCCACCAGCUCCUCGCGCUUGCCAGCGGCGCCGAGACGGAGAAGAUGAAGUUCGGCAAUCGCGGACACAACAUCCCCUGUACCGAUCGCCUCAGCGGGAGGUGCUACAUCACCAGCCAGAACCACGGGUACGCCGUCAAAGCUACCACGCUCAAGCAGGGUUGGGAGGAGCUGUUCUACAAUGCGAACGAUGACAGCAACGAAGGCAUUUACUGCAAGGAUGCACCUUUCUUCAGCGUCCAGUUUCACCCUGAGUCUACUCCAGGGCCCAGGGAUACCGAAUUCCUAUUCGAUGUCUUCAUCAGAAGCGUCGUCGACUGCGCAGCCGUCAAAGGGUCUCCUGCUGCAGCUGUGCUUCCGCCGGUUCAGUUCACCGGCGGUAAGGCUGCGGAGAACGCUUUGGCGUACCCACGUCAACAAGUACGCAAGGUGCUCGUCCUGGGCUCGGGCGGUCUCUCCAUCGGCCAAGCCGGAGAGUUUGACUACUCUGGUUCACAAGCCAUCAAGGCGCUCAAGGAAGAAGGUAUCUACAGUGUCCUGAUCAACCCCAACAUUGCCACGAUCCAGACGAGCGCAGGUCUUGCCGACAAGGUGUACUUCCUCCCUGUUACGCCCGAAUUUGUCCUCAAGGUGGUCAAGCACGAGCGCCCGGACGGCAUCUUUGUCACUUUCGGAGGCCAGACGGCACUGAAUGUCGGCAUCAAAAUCAAGGAGGAGCUCAAGCAGCUCGGCGUCAAAGUCUUAGGCACGCCGAUUGAGACCAUUAUCACGACCGAAGACCGUGAUCUAUUCGCGAAGGCUAUGGGCGAGAUCGGCGAGAAAUGUGCUCCCUCCGCAAGCGCAACGACGUGGGAAGAAGCGCUGACUGCGUCGAAGUCCAUCGGAUUUCCUGUUAUCGUGCGCGCCGCUUUUGCACUUGGCGGUCUCGGUUCUGGGUUCGCAAGCAAUGAAGACGAGCUGCGCAAGCUGUGCACCGCGGCCUUUGCUAACAGCCCACAAGUGCUCGUCGAGAAGAGUAUGAAGGGCUGGAAGGAGGUCGAAUACGAGGUUGUUCGUGACGGACGCAACAACUGCAUCACAGUGUGCAACAUGGAGAACUUCGACCCGCUCGGUAUUCACACCGGUGACUCGAUCGUUAUUGCCCCAUCGCAAACGCUGAGCGAUGAAGACUACAACAUGCUGCGUACCACCGCCGUCAACGUGAUCAGGCACCUGGGCGUUGUUGGCGAGUGCAACAUUCAGUACGCACUAAACCCACACUCCAAGGAGUACUGCAUCAUCGAGGUCAAUGCCCGUCUCUCUCGUUCGUCUGCCUUGGCCAGCAAGGCGACCGGGUACCCGCUUGCUUUCAUUGCCGCUAAGCUCGGCCUUGGCAUCCCGCUCAACGAGAUUAGGAACAGCGUCACGCGCGAGACAAGCGCUUGCUUCGAGCCGAGCUUAGACUACGUCGUUUGCAAGUUCCCGCGCUGGGAUUUACGCAAGUUCGUUAGGGUCUCCUCGAAACUAGGAAGCUCAAUGAAGAGUGUCGGAGAGGUCAUGAGUAUUGGGCGGACAUUCGAGGAGGCGAUCCAGAAAGCUAUCCGCCAAGUCGACUACCAGAACGAUGGCUUUGGAGCGAACGACUUUGUGGACGACUCAGCGGUCGAUGAAGAGCUCACCAACCCGACCGACAAGCGCAUGUUCGCCAUUGCAAAUGCCCUGCGGCUUGGCUACUCGGUCGACAAGAUCCACCAGAUGACGUCUAUCGACCGCUGGUUCCUGUCCAAACUGGAGAAAAUCUUCGCAGCAUCUGCGGCAUUCUCGCGGUACCACGCGUCGCAGCUUCCACCAGACCUCCUUCGUUAUGCCAAGCAGCUCGGGUAUUCGGACAAACAGCUGGCCAAAUGUAUCGGCAGCACAGAGCUAGCUGUCCGUCGACUUCGCCAAGAGUACGCGAUCAUGCCCUUCGUCAAGCAGAUCGACACCGUCGCAGCCGAGUUCCCUGCUUACACGAACUACCUGUACACGACGUACCACGCCACAGAGCAUGACGUAAGCUUUGAUGAUAAGGGUGUCAUCGUACUCGGCUCUGGUGUCUACCGCAUUGGUUCCAGUGUGGAAUUUGACUGGUGCGCCGUUAGGGCGAUUCGCACCUUGCGUGACCGGGGCUUCAAGACGGUCAUGAUCAACUACAACCCGGAAACUGUCUCCACAGACUACGACGAAGCAGACAGGCUCUACUUCGAGAACAUCUCUCUGGAGACUGUUCUUGACAUCUAUGACCUCGAACGUUCGUCAGGUGUGAUUAUUUCCAUGGGUGGUCAAACUCCGAAUAACAUCGCCCUGCCUCUUCACCGUCAAAACGUCAAGAUCUUGGGUACGUCGCCCGAGAUGAUCGACAUGGCCGAGAACCGGUACAAAUUCUCUCGUAUGUUGGACAAGAUCGGCGUCGACCAGCCCAUGUGGAAGGAACUUACGUCGUUCGAGGAAGCCCAGGAAGCCUGUGCGCGCUUUGGCUAUCCUGUCCUGGUCAGACCCUCAUAUGUCCUCAGUGGUGCCGCCAUGAAUGUCGUCUACUCUCCGGAGGACCUCAACAGCUACUUGUCGCAAGCAACAGCAGUCAAUCGUGAGCAUCCUGUCGUCAUCACCAAGUACUUGGAAGGCGCCAAGGAGAUUGAGAUGGAUGCGGUCGCCAAAGACGGCAAAAUGAUGAUGCACUACAUCUCAGAGCACGUCGAGAAUGCUGGUGUCCACUCAGGUGAUGCGACCCUGAUUCUUCCGCCACAAGACCUGGAUCCCGAGACAGUUAGGAGAAUCGAGACGGCUACCGCCAAGAUUGCAGCCUCACUUCACGUCACAGGCCCCUUCAACAUCCAGUUCAUUGCCAAGAACAACGAGAUCAAGGUGAUCGAAUGCAAUGUCCGAGCUGCACGGUCUUUCCCAUUCGUAAGCAAGGUCACAGGUGUUGACGCCAUUCAAAUGGCUACGGACGUAAUGCUUGAUUUGCCUGUCGAAGCAUAUCCCAAGAUCAACUUGCCAAAGAACUAUGUCGGUGUCAAAGUCCCUCAAUUCUCCUUCAGCCGUCUUGCUGGAGCAGACCCAAUUCUUGGUGUGGAGAUGGCGUCCACUGGAGAGGUUGCCUGUUUUGGACGGGAUAAGUACGAGGCGUACUUGAAGGCGAUGAUUGCAUCUGGAAUCAAACUUCCGCAGAACAACGUCCUGCUCUCCAUCGGCAGCUUCAGCGAAAAGCAGGAGCUGGUGUCCUCUGUGCGCACACUUCACGCAUUGGGCUUCACCCUAUACGGCUCGUCCGGCACAGCAGAUUUCUACGGAGAACAAGGCAUCCCUGUCAAUUACCUCGAGGCCCUCCCGGAAGACGACGACGUGCAGAGCGCAGAUAACUCCAAAGCGGCAUACUCCCUGCUCAGCCAUCUGUCUCAAGGCCUCAGCUCGCUGUUCAUCUCUCUACCAAGCAAGAACAAGUACCGCAGGCCCCUGUCAUUCACUUCAAUGGGUUACCGGGCGCGGCGGUUGGCAAUUGAUCGAUCAAUCCCAUUGAUCACCAACGUCAAGAAUGCCAAACUUUUCGUCGAGGCGCUCGCCAGGCACAGAAAGGCCGGCUCUGACUUCCUGAUCUCGCCAGUCGACUUCAAAACGAGUCAUCAAGUCCAUUCAUUCCCUGGCUUCAUCAAUGUGAACGCUUUCUUGCCAUCAAUUGCAGAUCCCGCUUCGGGUGCACGUGAAGUUGCAGAGCUCACUAAAGCCUCUCUGGCAGCAGGCUUUACCGCAGUGCACCUCAGCCCUAUCGGUAUGAGGCAAGCUGUAGCGGACGAGCAGACGCUUUCCAUCAUCGAAGGCAAGGUCGUUGGCUCGGCUCACUGCGAUGUUUCGCUUGCGCUCGCUGCGUCGAACAGCGUGACAACAGAUGUCAGCGACUUUACUGAGCGAGCGAGGUCGCUCUUCAUCUCGCCUGCGCUGGCCGGAAAGCUCCAGCCUGCUGCGGUUGCCGCUAACAUGGCCGGCUGGCCUGAGCAAAGGCCACUUGUUACCGAUGCACGCGGAAAUGAUCUCGCCUCCAUCCUGCUGCUCGCUAGCCUACAAUCACGCAGCAUUCACGUCACGGAAGUUUCCAGUCGGGAUGACAUUGCAUUGAUCGUGCUCAGCAAGAACAAAGGUCUGAAGGUCACUUGCGACGUUGCCAUCUAUUCGCUGUUUUUCACCAACGAGACGUACCCCGCGGCCACCUGCCUGCCAAGUUCGGAUGACCAACUCGCGUUGUGGGAGAAUAUGGAUGAGAUCGACAUCUUGACGGUCGGUUCCGUGCCUUACAAGCUCGGAGUGCAGCUUGGGCAGCACGUCUCGGCGGCAUCAGGUGUGGUCGAGUCUAUGCUGCUGCUUCUCGACGCUGUUAAUGAGAAGAAGUUCACUCUGGACGAUAUUACCGACAAGCUGUCCAAGAAGCCACGUGAAAUUUUCGCGUUCCCAGAGCAGCUUGGGUCUGAGGUGCAGGUCGAUGUCGAUAGAGCGGCGCCGGUGGUGAAGAGAGAGGUAUGGUCACCCUUGCAGGGUCGAGCUACCAUUGGAUCGAUCUCUCGGGUUGUCGCAAAAGGUCGGCCCGUCUUUGUUGACGGAGAAGUGUUGUCGAAUGGCACGCUUGGCAGCAAUAUUUCCAACAGCUUUGGAGCGAUCCAGUCGGUCUCGAAAGCAAGCGCUCAGGCUCGGACAAAGUCGAUCAGCGAGAGCUCGGUGAGAUCCGGCCGGCGCCAAUCGUUCAACCAGGAUGGUGCGCGGGCCGGCCUGCUUGGCGAAGCGCCUUCCUCACCAAAUGCAGACAACAUGGGCCAGGUGCGGUCGCCGAUUCUAGCUGGUCAGGACGGUCCCAUGGUGCACAUUCCCCGCACCAACCUAAUGAGCGUUUUCCAGGAGGAUGGGCCCAUGCCGCUCGCGGCACCUGCUACUCUCGCAUCUCCUUCGUUGCGGACGGCCAUCUACCACCCAACGUUCAACCGACGGCACGUGCUGUCCGUCCGGCAGUUCAACCGCAACGACCUCCAUGCACUGUUCUCGGUGGCUCAGGAGAUGCGUCUGCAAGUGGAGAGACAAGGGACACUGGACAUUCUCAAGGGCCGUGUGCUCUGCAAUUUGUUCUACGAAGAAUCGACACGGACGUCUUGCUCUUUCGAAGCUGCAAUGGUCCGCUGCGGAGGCCAGGUGGUAUCCGUCAAAGCUCAGAGCUCGUCCGUCGUCAAAGGCGAGUCGCUGGCGGACACAAUUCGGACGCUGGGCUGUUACAACGACGCCAUAGUCCUGAGGCAUCCGGCUGUCGGUAGCGCGCAACAAGCUGCCAAGUUCUCACCGGUACCUGUCAUUAACGCUGGAGAUGGCAUUGGAGAGCACCCAACCCAGGCGCUGCUGGACAUCUUUACCAUUCGCGAAGAACUAGGUACGGUUAGUGGGCUGACGGUGACGCUGCUAGGUGACCUUAAGAACGGACGGACCACACACUCGCUGGUCAAGCUGCUGUGCCUGUACGGCGUCACGCUCAACUAUGUAAGCCCGGCGUCGUUGUGCAUGCCGGACGAUGUGAAGGCAGAGGUGGCGAAGCGCGGAAUCGCGCAGUUCGAGACGUCCGACCUGGACACUGUCAUCGCGCGGACGGACGUUCUUUACGUGACGCGCGUGCAGAAGGAGCGUUUCCCAACACCAGAAGCGUACGAGGCGGUGAAGAACGCGUAUGUUGUCAACAACGACGUGCUCGCCAAGGCAAAGCAGGACAUGAUCGUCAUGCACCCGCUGCCGAGGGUCAAUGAGAUCGAUGCAGAAGUCGACUUUGACAUCAAACGAGCCGCUUACUUCCGCCAAAUGCGGUACGGUCUCUUUGUCAGGAUGGCGCUGCUUGCCAUGGUUCUUCACACAGGAUAGACUCAACAAGCAGGCGCACGGGCGAGUCGGUGUGCUAUCCAUCCCCAAAAGCAAAAGCAACAACCUUUGUAAUACAGCAAAUUCUUCAUUCGCUUAGUUCCAC